CGUCAAUAAAAAAAACAUGGCGGUGUAGUUGGUGUGUGCAUGGGGUCCGCUAUUCGCCACUCCUCGUCGAUAAAAGAAAGCUGAAUUCUCCCCCGAAGAGGACGUUUUCUGGGACAGGUCGAAAUGUUUCGUCGGUCAAGAUUUAGCGUGCGUCCCAAUGUCGGUACGGGAGGGAGAGCGGCAGCUGCGUCACAGGAAGCUCCUUCAGCGAGUCAGGAGGCCGGUGAGACCCCGCAAGACGCCGGCGAGAGCAACAGCACUGCUGCUGCUGCUGUGACAGAAAACAAGACUGAUUUGACCACAACAGAAAAAGCUCCAGCUCCAGGUGAUGGCGGCGACCAGACUGGGGAAGGUACCAGCGCCUCUGCAGCCGUGCAGAGAAGGAAGCGAUUUUCUAUCAAACCCAAAGUGGCCCCCGGACGGGCCGCCCUCGCUCGUGCAGCUAAAUCACCCGGCAAGGCGCUAGCUGAAACUCCUGGGUCUGGCGCAGACUUCGACAAACCAACGACAUCCAACCAAACUACAGCAGCUCCUCAGGGUCUUCAGUCGCCAAGGCGACGAAGGCCUUCAGAGGAGACCAAGCAGCCCACGAUACAAACUAAACCCUCCACCAUUUCUUCUGAAAGUUCAGAACUGUCAUCCGUUCCUCUAGCUGAAGAAUCACCAGCUGAAACCUGUUUGCCAGGAGACGGCAGCAAAGAUUUAGAAAACAUCUCGGUGGUUAAGGUUAAAGAAGUUCCUCCCAGACAACCCGAAGUGCCACCGUCUCUACCGGACAAAGAAGCCAUAGAGAUAUCAGAGAAGGCCAAGACGCUCGUGUCAACUAAGAGUUUGCUUUCACAGACGUCGUCCGCGUUCACCUUGAGCAGACUCCUGAAUGACCCGUCAGAUUUGCAAAGGCUAGCGAAGGCCCAGAAGCUCAGAGAGUUGCUCAGAAAGGAGAUGUGCAAGGAAAAGAAACUCAAGAAAGUGAAGAUGUUUCCCAAAGAAUAUACUUUAGAUCCUGCAAAAAUGACCAUGAGUGACCUCAUCCGUUAUCUUCCGACCUCCAACCCCAUGACAACGAGUUUGGAAGACUCAACUCAAGAGAAUGAGACUGUGGUCCCGCCGUCACCAGUAAGAGAGGAGUCUCCAGAGCGAGCACAGGAACCUGAAGCGCAGCCUUCCACAGUAAACUCCAGAGAGGACGGAGAGGAGGAGGCAGAGGAGGAUGAGGACGAUUCACUCCUGGUUCCUCAGGUCAAAGUAGCUGAAGACGGCUCGCUGAUCAUCGACGAAGAGAGCUUAACGGUGGAAGUGCAGCGAGCGAAGGGGCCGAACCCAGUGCACAAUCGGGAUCCCAUUUUUGAGCGUGGCUCCACUACAACCUACUCAAGUUUCAGGAAAGGGACUUAUUCCAAACCCUGGUCCAGCGAAGAGACAGACAUGUUUUUCCUGGCAAUUAACAUGGUGGGGACGGACUUUUCCAUGAUCUGUCAACUGUUUCCACACAGAGCUCGAUCAGAGAUAAAGAACAAAUUCAAAAAGGAAGAGCGAGAGAAUGCCUGGAGAAUUGACAAAGCUUUCAGAGAGAGGCGUAAACUGGAUAUAGAGUACUUCUCUAAGCUGCUGGAGAAAAUUUUGGAAUAUCAGAAAAACAAGAAGAAACUCAAGUCACUCACUCAGAAGAACUCGCCUAAGAAGAAUAAAAAGAAGGAAAAGGCAGGCAAAAAAUCUGCAAAGAAGGGACUUGAUGAGCAGGAGGGAGGCGAGGUAAACGAGAAUCAAGUUCCUGACUUGGAGAAGGAAGGAGAGAAGGAGAAUGAGGAGCUGUGUAAUGAGGGAGAAACCCCUGAUUCUAAGCCUAAGAGGAAACGCAAAACAAAGAACAAACCAGACGCUUUGACUGAGGAACCAGAUGGAAAGAAGAAGAAAACAGAUGAAAAGAGCAAUGAGCAAGGUGAGGCGGGGAUCCCUGAAGACGCUGAGGCAGCGCUUCCCGAGGACCACACUAAUUCUGACAUGUCUGAAAAUAUUCAGCAGCAGGAUAAUACAGACAAGGACGCCUCAAUCAAGCCAGCGAAACUCUCACGAGGAAGAGCACCAAAACCCCUCCUGCCUUUGGGUCGUAAGUGGGGUAAAAAGCAUCCACCUUCCACAGGGGAGGCCAGAGACGCCCCAUCAGAUAAAAGGGACGAGAGUGUGAGUGAUGGUGUCCCCGAAGAGCAGGCACAAGAUGCAUCACCUUUAAGCCAAGCCAAUACGAAAAAGUCCAGUGGCGAUGACAUUUCCUCUGAAGAAGAGGACGCCACCAUUAAACCUCUGAGACCUACCAGGUAUGGAAGAGUGCCCAAACCCACCAGGCCCUUGAAUUACCCUUCCAAAGAGGAUGCACACUCCUCAGCAUCUGAAACGGUUCCCGCCUCACCAAUGGGUUUCACUGCUCCUCCUGCCAAGCUCAAACCCAAAGUCACAGCCAAGAGGGCCAUGGCAUCGAAGGCUCAAUCAACCCCAAAGUCCAAAAAGCCCAAACUAGUCACACUUAGGGCUUCACAGUCCGAAUCCAGUGAUGACGACAUUGAAACGCCGUGGUUGAAUGAGGAGUUGGUGGUGGAGGAGCAGCAGCUCGAGGGUAGUCCCGGUAAAGACAGCAGUGCCCCUGCGUUCGUGCCCGCCAGCCUGCACACUCCUCAACCUGUGAUUUCAGAAGUGGAUGAAACCAUGGUGGAGCUUGAUAUCUUGGCCAGUAUGCCCGAUGUGUUGGGCAUGUCCCAAGAUGCACUGUGCCCUAAUUCCUCUUGUGAGGAGGCACAUGAGGCAGACACAGCAGUACCAUGUGAACAUCAGUUGGACCUACUGGUUGAUGUUAUAGAUUUCCUUUCUUCAGAACACACAGAAGUGGCUGAGGACGAGAGCUAUAACGAGGCAGCGCAAACCCUGUUGACCAUCGGCAACCUGGCUCACCUGCCGCAAUCUGCACAGAAUCAAACAGCCGUGCAAGAUGACGGAACAGCAACAACAUCAGCGUCUGUGGAUGAACCCAGUCACUUAGAAGAAGAGAUUGCAUCGAAACCUGUUGCUCAAGAGGGAUGUGACACUACUUCUGUGUCUGUUGCUGUUGGCCAGGAAGUCACAGAAACAUCUGUUGCCAGUGUGGAAGUGCAAGACGCGAUAGACAAAUGUGAUGACAUUCCUAUUAUUAACAAAAGUGAUCCGAAGUGUGAUGAGCAGAAGACCGUUUGUGAUCCUACCCCUCAAUUGCAUUCAGAACCAGAGAGCUUAAAUAAGGAUUCUCCACAAGCCAAGAAGGGACGCUUGUCCAAGGUGAAACCUAAGCCUAACCUUAGCCGAUCUUCAAGGACUGCACAAACAAAAUCCCUACCAGAGACGUCAGCAGUAAGGACACCUGAAGAAAACCACUCUUCAGCUCCCAGCCAUUCUCAACCCAGUGACAUUUUAUCAAUUGGUGAAGAAAGAGCCUCAAAGAUUCCAGACUGUGCUCCAGCAUUGUUUAAAGAUGAUAUUUCCUGUGCUGCCAAACUAACAGAUGUGCCAUCUGACAGUCAGAGGAGGCUUUUUGAUCAGGCAGGAUCAGAUGUAGCAACAGCUGAUGAGAAAUCCUCAGAAAUCCAUAGUGUCUGCCUUUCUGAAUCUCAUUUUGAUUCCAGUAGGGAUCAGGUGAGCAGAGACACAAAGCCAGCAUCUGAAUCCUUGGAUGAAAGACAGAACUCUUGUGUCGGAACAGCUGAGACUGGUUUUAGCAGUCCUGAGACAUCUGUCUCGGCAGACAUAGAGUUUAGACAAGGCUCAUCCUCAGAUCCAGUCCCAGUACAAGAGAGCUGCAACAAACCUCCUCCUAUAGAAGAUUUGUCUCUCAGUCAAGUAGGAAAGAAUGAAGCUGGCACUGCUUUCCAGUCAAGAAGGGCUCGAUUGCCAAAAGGCAGACCCAAGCCAAACCUACCGCAGACAUCGAGAACUGUUAGGUCUAAACCUCCCAGUUCUGCAGAGGAGGACUCUGGUUCAACUUCAAGCCCUAAGUCCCACAAAGAAUCAAUAACAGAAGUGGAACCACAACCGACAUGCACUCCUACUCUUGAAAAAGAGAAUGAAAUCACUGAUCCUGCAGCUUCAGUUUCAAAUGCAUCCCUUAAUUUGGACUCAACUCUUAUUCCUACAGUGGAAGCAUCUACAAAUGAGGAGAAAACUACAUGUGUUGAACUUGGUAAUCAGGUAGAAUUAGGUGCUACAACAUUUGAAAACCAGGAACUCCCUAAAGCCCUGUUUGAAGCUAGUCAGGAGCAGGCCACCAAAGACACAGGGUCAACCUCUGAAUGCACAGAUGAAAACCUGACUUCUCACACCGAGACCAUCAGUAAAGACCUAGUGACAACUGUCUCAGCCAUCACAGAACCACAAGAUGGACAAGGGUCAAAUGUUGUUUCCGGCCCAGUCCAAGAAGUCCGUGAACAGCCAGCUGUGUUCGUAAAACCCGUUGAAAAGUUAACAGAGGAGGGUGAAAGUACAUCUGCUUGUCAACCGACGAGGAGGCGAUCGCAAAAAGUCAAACCCAAACCAAACCUCUCACAGACAACAAGAACUACGAGGUCUAAACCUCCGACCACAACAGAGACUACAGUAGAGAAACACUCUGUCCCGGCUCCAAACUCUCAAUUUCACAAGGAAACAAUAACAGAGGUGGAACCACAAUCAACAUGCAGCCCCACUCCUGUAAAGGAGAGUGAAUGUCCUAAUCGAUUACUGAAUUUAGACUCAAGUCACGCAUCCACAGAGGAAGCCCAUACAAAUGAGGAGAAGACGGCACAUGUUGUACCCGAUGAUCAGGCAGAAGUAGGUAUGUCAGAAAAGCCCAGUAGGGAGCUGGCCACUGGAGACACAGGCCCAUCUCAUGUUGAGACUAUUAGUAAUAAUGUGGAGACAACUGACUCAGCAGUUACUGAAUCACAAGUUGGGGACGGUCCAAAUGUAGAUCCAGUCCAAGAAGCCAGUCCAAGUGGCCAUCCUGCUGUGGGUGUCAAACCUGUUGAAGAGUUAACGGUACGUCUAGAGGAGGGCGAACGUGCAUCUGCUUGUCAACUGAGGAGGAGUCGAUUACAAAAACCUAAACCAAACCUACCACUGACAAAAAGAACCCCGAGGUUUAAACCUCAGUCCCCAAAUGACCAGGACGUGGAGAAUCUUCCCAGUCCAACUUCUGCACCUGAAUCCACCGACAACGCAUUAGCAGAAGUUAAAGCACAGCCGACAAGCGACACCACCCCUCUAGAUAAAUCAAGUCCUGCUUCAGUUUCAGUCCCAUCACUGGAUAUAUGCCCAACUCAUCAAUGCACAAAGGAAUUACCCUCAACUGAGGGCUUAAAUACAGAUGUUGGAUGCGAACAAGCCUCAAGUUCAGUGGACUCGGAACAAAAUGUACCUCAAAAAAUGCGGUGGUUUCCCAAGGUUAAACCUAAACCUAAUGUAGGAUCAUCGACAAGAACGAAAAUGCAAUCUGGUGAUACGAGUAAACCCUCAGAACAGAAGGAAACCACUUCUAAUGCGGCAGCAGGAAAAAAAGUUGUGGACAGUAGCAUUGCACAAACGGAUCUGGAGCUCAAAGAGAAAAACGCCAAGCACUUGACGGCUGCACAUUGUUCAUCUGAUGCAGAGCUGUCUUCAAUAAAUGUUGGACCAGUGGAUUCUGAAAAAUUACUAGACAGCACAAAUGAUAAAAGUGUGGCCUUGGGUGUGGUCAUAGCAUCAGGGGUUCCUGAGAAGCAGCCCAUGUUAACAGAUUCACUCCAUAAAAGUAAAAGCACUAAUAAGUCAACAGUUGAAACAAAAUCAACAGAGGACAAAAUGUCAAAAAAAUAUCCAGACGAAGUCAGUUCUUCUUCACAAGGAGACAACAAGCUGGACACAUCCACCACAGAGUCACAUACCCAACAAAUAAGUGAUCCAACUCCAGCUUCAGAUGUGGAGUCUUCAAAAGAUGGAUCUACAGAGUCGAACAUAAAUUCUACAUUGACGACUACUGAAAACCCUGUAUGUUUGGAUAAAGACUCAUCAGUCCAGAGUAGUGAGACAGAGUCGGAGCUGACCGACUCCAAGACCUCAAGAAAAGCUCCUCAAGCUCGUAGAGGCAGGCUCAUUAAACCCAAGCCCAACCUGGGACGCGCCGGGCGUCCUUCACAACCUCGGAAAAUGCAGAAUACAACAGCAGAAGCAGAGUCAAGCAGUUGCUCACAGGGCGUGGAUGCUUCAGUCGAUCACAAACCCAUGCCUGACAUUCACCAACCAGUAGGGAAAGUUACAGGUGAACAUGGAAACCAGGACUCACCUGUAAGCGAUGUCGGGUCUUCUCUUGGCUGCAUGCCGCAGGUUACCAAGCAUCAAAAUGAGCAUGACUCUCGUUCAAAUGAUGGUCAAGCCUCUCUUGAAUGUGUGACACAAGUAUCUUCUACCCAGAGUGAAUCACCAUCAAGCAAAGAAGGGAUCCAAAGCUUUCCUGUUUUAUUUCAAGAGAUGCUGCCUGACCAGGUCCCCUCCGAUCCCAACGAACCAUUUUUCAUCCUCUCUCUGACCGAGAUCCCAGUCUCCUCAUCAGGCGAGGAUGCAUCAAUACAGCCACCAAGCAGUGUUUCUGGAGAGAGUUUCGCAGCAGGAGAUGGACCUUUCUUCUAUGUCUCCACGGAGGACGGCAACAUGAUGGACCUCAUCAGCGUAAAGGAUAUGGAAGCUACUUCGACAGUUUCUCCUAUGGAGCAUCCACUGGAUCCACAUGGAAGUGUGACAGUGCAGCCACCACAGACUGCAGAUAAUGAUGAGAACACGAAGCAGAGACGAGCAGGACCUGGAAGAACAGGCAAACUGCAGGAUAAGACCAAACCUGCAAGAAAGAAGCAAACCGACAAGAUGGAGACUGCUGAGGAAGGAGGGUCAGUCACAGCUAACUCCACCCAGGAACCUGAUGUAGGAACCAAUAAGACGGGUCCUGAUCCUGAAACCAGCUCAGGAGCACGAACGACACAGAGAACUGGGACCAGUGUUUGGAAUAAAAAACCCAAAGACUUCCCAUCCUUCCUCUCUGAGACAAACGCUGCUCCUUCAAACAACCCUCCGCUCUCCUCCAACGCGGCUUCCACUCAAUCUAAGGUUAAAACUCAACCUGCAGAGUCUUCGUCGGAGCCUGUAGCCUUCGUGUCGCGCGCCGUCGGCCCCGAACCAGGUCUGACAAAUCCACCAACGGAAACGAAAGCAGAGGUGGACAUGGAAGAGACCUCUGACCACGGUCACAGUACCUCAGAUCAAGUUCCAAGCACUUCACAGGGUCCCACUGAGAAGAGCGACCGUGUGGAGAAGAGCUCGGUGGAGGAGGAGCCGACCAACGUCUCUCAGUAUUUCUUAAGUGACAUCUUCACUGAGGUAGAUGAGGGAUGAAGGUCAGAGGGAGAAGGCACCUGUGGCUUUUCAGUAUUGUUUUUAUGUUAAGUUAACUUUGUACAGGUUAUUUAUAACUAUAUUUUCAAAAGCAUCCGUUGUUUGACUGAACGAGUGGCAGCUUUUAUUUCAUUACGCUUCACAUUUCUUUUAACCAGCUGUGAAAAUGUAAAUAAUGUACAAUAUCUUUUUUUUUUUUCUUUUUGUAAUAUUUGGUCCCGACUUUCUGGAAAAUGACAUGUACAGUUGUACAUUUCAAUGUGUUAUUGUCUUAAUUUAGAAAACAAAAUCUCAGUAUCUCAUUCAAUAAAAUGAAGCAAGCGAUUUAGAAAGAAAACUUCCAUCUAAUUCUCAUAGCUUUGCUGUUUUGUGUAUAUAGUGUAGAUCUAGUGAGCACUUGAAACAUACAGUGAUACAAGCUCUGGAGCCUGCGAUGAAUAUGUUUGAUAAAUAAAAAAAAUACAUGUUAUUCUGCCUUAAAGGUUAAAUUCUCUAAUUUGUGAAUAAAAUUAAUUUCGCCACUUGCAAA